AUGUCGCAGUCAAUGGACAGUCCCGUUGGUUCGUCGCACGGACAGCAUCAGCGGCGGCCAGGAAGUUCUCCUCCCAAGCCCCGUCAUCCGAGGAAGACUAACGUGGCUAACGUGCGCACGUCGCACGCCUGCGAUCGCUGUCGCUUGAUGCGGACAAAGUGCUCUGGGGGUGAUCGAUGUUCCAAAUGUAUCAAAGACGGCGCAGCCUGCGUCUAUGGCGAUCGCAAACGCGAACGCAACAAAAAGGAUCUGGCCGAAAGUCUCGAUCGCAUCAGCUUCCUGGAAGAAGAGAAUGCUCAGUUGGUCGCUGCACUUCGCUCAGUAGCUGAGCGGCCAGACUUUCGCCCAGAGGAGAAUACUCGCAUCUUGCAGCUCCUGACCAAGCACUCUGAACAAGACGAGGAAGAAGACGAGCCCGGGAGACCGGCGAGCAGCCAGUCGCAGAGCCGGACGGCACCCUCUGUCUCCCAACUUCCAUCGUCCACAUCGAGUCAAGGUCGGCCACGGGUGGGCGAGUCCUACGGUGAAGCUAAAGCCCGAUCGAGCGUGGGGUCUCCUGGCAGACAGGGAGAGCUAAACCAUAUUGUGUCUCUAGACUUUGGAGGAGGCGCUUCCGGCUUCGUGGGAAAGAUGUCGGAGAUCUCUUGGAUCCAACGUGGGUUUGAGAUCGUCCGGGGAUGCAAGCCGCCCGACCGCAGUCCGUGGCAUACGGCAGAAAUGGACGAAAAUCUCGCGACUACGGCAGACUUUAUCUAUUUCAUGGAUGACAUCAACGUGCUGUCCGUGGAUGAAGACUAUGUCGAUCAGUAUCACUGGCCGGCUGAUGAAUCUCUGGUUAUUUUAUCGGAAGCCUUCUUCCACUCCAUGCAGGGCGCAUUUCAUUUUGUCCUCCGCGAGGAAUUUCUCCAGAGGGCAUACUCUUUUACGGGCAAGGGGACGACAACCUCCUCAUGGGGAAAGCGGCGAUGGCUAGCGCUAGCAAAUCUCGUGUGGGCUAUUGGGGCAAAGUGGUUGCAAAUUACCCAGCUAGCCGAAGGGGACGGUGAUGGAGAUCAUCUCAUCUAUUAUGCAAGGGCACGGGCGCUCGGGCUUGACCACAGAGUGAUGUUCGACCACCCCGACAUCGAGCGUGUCCAGGGCAUCGGUCUCUUGGCGUUUUACCUUCUUGUCAACGGAUCCAUUACGCGAGCCUGGAACACGCUUGGCCACGCGACCCGACACGCAACGGCUCUGGGCCUGCAUAUGAACAUCACAGAUCCCUCCGUGAGCGGAUUGGACAAGGCACGACGAGCGCGGACGUGGUAUUCGCUCUACAGCCUCGAGAUCUUGAUUGCUGAAAUUACGGGGCGGCCGAAAUCCAUAUCCUCGGCGGAUAUGACUAUACCCAUCGAUCUUUUCUAUACCGUUCCGCAGGAGACGGAGCAAUUCUCUGGCCAAACCGACAAUUUUCGUUCGCCUGGUGCCUCGCGGAAGAUCUGGCUCGACUACCUGAACAGUAGCCGCAGCAUAUCUCAGAUGACGGGUGGCGCUGUCCCUUGGAAGAGUUUUGCGUCGGUAGGACGUGAUGUGCCCACUUCAUACUUGCCUCAACGACUCUACCUCUGCCGCAUCAGUGACAGGAUAGCGACGCAGCUGUAUAGCGGAACGUCCAAUGAUUCGUGGUUCGAGACUCAGCGCAAGAUUGGUGACCUGCAGUCUGAGUUGAGAACCUGGGCCGAAAACUCUCCACAAGAGGUGUCUCUCCAGGGUCAUGAUCCCACGGACACGGACCCUCGAGCCAAGAUCGAACUAGGGUUGUAUUAUCACAGUUUGGAGAUGAUCCUCCACCGUCCAUGCCUUUGCGAGGUGAUUAUCGAGGACGAAUCAAGCCAGUCGAAAGAAUUCAACCGCAGCUCGGCACGGGCCUGCAUCCAUGCCGCCAUGUCCAUGCUGUCAUUGAUGCCUGACUAUCCCACAGCCCAUGAAGCGUACCAGCUGCUUCCGUGGUGGGCCCUUCUCCAUUUCGUGUCGCAAGCGGCGGCCGUGUUGCUGCUGGAGCUCGCCCUCGGGGCGCAACACUUCAAGGACGAGGUCCCACAACUGGUGACGUAUUUGCGCAAGGCCAUGGCGUACCUCUGGUGCAUGAGUGGGAGUUCGUUGUCCUGUUAUCGUGCGUGGAGGAUAUUCAGGCAGCUGUUGACCGAGGUCUUGGAGCGGCACGAUGGUUUGGAUCUGAAGGACGUCCCUUCCGAGGCACCACCUCCCCGCGGGUGGAACGACGAGCUCGAAGAGAUGACGGUCAAGGCGUUCACCUCACCAAGAUUUGGUUUCUCCUCCCUGUCUUAG